AUGCUGAAGUUCACAGAAUCAGUUGAUCUGAUUCGUACAUAUAUUUGUGAUUAUGGCAAUUCGUUGUUCCAUCGUUCUAUCUCCAAAGCGGUCUCUGACUCAUCAUCAGCUAAUACUCCAUUUCCACAACUACCCGUGAUUGUUAGUAGACAAUUAGAAUAUCCUCAUCCAAAAUAUCCACCAUUACAAGCAUGGCUUGAAACUCUUGGGCAAAAAAAAGAUGAAAAACUGGGCAUUCUUGAUUUACAUCCAUCGAUUUGGCAUGUUCCACCAAGAUUAGAUAUAUUACAUGAUAACGUUGAAUGGCAGAAAACAUACAAGAAAAUCGAUUGGACUUAUACACCUAUGUUACAUGAAUAUCCUUCAAUGAGAAAAAAACCAUGGCCUCAAAAGGGAACGGGAAAAGCGCGAGCAAAAAAUAGAUGGUCUCCAACUUGGAAAGGAGGUUAUAUUCCGCAUGGUCCUAAAGGGCCAACAUCAUUUUUCUAUGUCUUGCCACGGCAUCAACGUGUGAUGGGACUUUGUACAGCACUCACUGUAAAACUACAUCAAAAUGAUAUUCAUUUUGUCGACUCACUGGAUUUACCCACUCAUGAACCUUCGUACCUUCAAGAAUUAAGUGAAGACCGUUUUUGGGGACCAUCGAUUUUGUUUGUUGAUGACACCGAUGUAAUGCCUCAUAAUAUCAUGUUUGCAAGUGCAAAAACUGAAGGUUUUACUCUUAUGCCUGUUUAUGGUCUCAAUGUUUACAGUAUUCUUAAACACACUACAGUAGUGUUGACACUUCGUGCAUUAAAUAAAAUUGAAAAAAAACUCUUACAUAAUUUACAUUCAUACGAUACACAGCAAGAACAACCACCACCACCUGAAGAUCCAUAA